UCAACAGUCAAUGUACUCUUGUCACUGUACGAACUAAAAUCACAGAAGUGUUUUCGUAAAGUAAAGUUUGAACUGUGUUAGUUUCCGACAUGCCUCCGAAGAAGACUAAAGGCAAGGGCUUGGGGUCGUCCUCAGCUGGCGACAACAAGCAGAGGGAUAUCGUGCAAGCUGUAGUUGUCGCUGACAGCUUCAAUUUUCGCUUCUUGCCUAUCACUGUGCAGCAGCCAAGGGCUUUGCUUCCUCUAGCUAACCGCCCACUCAUCGACUACACGCUUGAGUUUCUUGUGUCUUCUGGCGUCGAAGAAAUCAUUGUCGUCUGCCGUGCCCAUGCCAACCUGGUGCGAACCCACAUCAACACAUUAAAAGAGAAGCGUCAUAUCAAGGCCACCAAGGUGGAGAUCAAUGUAGUCUGUGUCGGUGAGAACAGUGGAAUGUCAGCAGGCGACUGUUUGCGAGAGCUGGAAAGACAACAAUUGAUUCGUUCCGACUUUGUCCUGGUGUCUGGUGAUGUUGUAUCGAAUGUCAACCUCCGCGCUGCACUCACUGCACACAAAGCUCGUCGAGCUAUUUCCAAGACAUCGGUUAUGACUCUCAUCGUAAAGGAAGCCCCGCCACAUCAUUCCACAAGGCAACCGAAUGAGGACGAUAUAGUUGUGGCAAUAGAGGCUGCCUCUGAUCAACUUCUCUACUUUUUCAAUAUCGGACGGAGCAAGAAAAUGGGAUUACCAACGGAUAUCUUUGAUAGGGAAGACGUUAGCGCGAACUUGCGCUUUGAUGUGCUGGACUGCCAUAUUAGUAUUUGCUCACCAGAGGUACCACAGCUGUUUACGGACAACUUUGAUUACUCUUGCCGAGAUGACUUCAUCAAGGGCGUUCUUGUUCAUGAGGAGAUCACUGGACACAAGAUCCACAUGCACUUCAUCGAGAAGGAGUAUGCUGCUCGCGUAUCCAAUCUGCACACCUACGACGCUAUCACUACGGAUGUAAUACGUCGCUGGACCUAUCCAGUUGUACCUGACAUAUGUAUCCAUGAUGACACCGUCGGACGCGUCUACACCUACUCCAAACCCCAUAAGUACAUUGGCACUAAUGUGCAGCUUGCAAGGGAUUGCACAGUGACGGAAGAUAUUGUUGUCGGCCCAAACAGCAAAGUGGGUGCUCAGUCCACCCUAGCCAACUGCGUUAUUGGCGAGAACUGCGUUAUCGGCAAGAACGUCAAGAUCAACGGUGCAUUCAUCUGGGACAACGUAACAAUCGAAGAUAACUGCACCAUACACAAGUCCAUCAUCUGCUCCAGGGCUACUGUUCACAGUGGUACGACAGUCAGCUCUGGCUGCAUUCUUUCGUAUGGCGUGAUUGUUGGCCCCGACAUUGAAUUGCCGGCCGGGUGUAAGAUAACUACUGCUCGCCAAGCCUGCACCGCAGACUCGUUCUCAUUUGAUGACGACGCGGCAGAGUCAUCGCAAAAGACAGAAUCGACUGAGUCAGAGGAAUCGACAUCAUCCAACCCGAUUGAACUCGGCGAGCAAAGCCAUGGUUAUGUGUUUGAGGCGGUGGCAGACCCAGAUUCAGAUAGAAAGGAGACUUGGGGUCUUGAACCUUCAGCAUCUGACACGACGUGCGAUGAUGACCGCUCGGAUGACGAAGAAGACGAGACUGUGUCUACCCCCGAGAGUGAUGGCGAUGGUGAAGAGGAUGAUGAGGCAACGUACUUCUAUCGGGAGGUGCUGGACAGUGUGCAGAAUGCCCUCGAGGAGAAGAUCAAGCCGGAGAAUCUCAUUCUGGAAAUCAACGGCUCUAAGCACGCAUACAACAUGACGAUUGAAGGCAUUCCCCUUGUGCUUGUGCGAGCAAUCGUGAUGAUUGCAUUGCGUGCUCCAGCAGACGGAUUCAAGGCCAAGCUUACCUCAUCCAUGCAGUACCUGCGGCCUGUGCUUCUCAAUUAUGUACGACCUGAGUUCCAGCAGAAAGCCAUCACCGAGAUGGAAACUAUCUUCCUUCGCCAGAACAUUGUACAGCACUUUCCCUUCGCCCUACACAAGCUGUACGACUUUGAUGUGCUGGUAGAGGAUUCUAUCUUAGCGUGGAGUCGCAGUCCUCUUCCCAGCGCUGAGCAGUUUGACAGUGCAGUUGAUGUAGGAGCUGCAAGAACACAGGCGAAGGCGUUCGUUGAGUGGCUGGAAAAUGCUGAGGAAGAGUCUGACGAUGACGACGACGACGACGAAGCAGAAUGAGUUGUGUAUCAGCCAUGAAGAGCGCGUAAGCAGUCUGCGGUCGUACUCUAAGCUGUGUACAUAGAAUGAUUGUGUGUGUGUGUGUGUGUGUGUGUGUGUGUGUGUGUGUGUGUGUGUGUGUGUGUGUGUGUGUGUGUGUCUUGCUGUUUGUGUCCUGUACCCAUUUCACCGCUGAAUGCCCUGCCUUUGCACCCCCACCCCCUUACAGCACUUUGUUAAUACCAGUCUUCAGUGUAUAAAGUGAACUUGCCGUACUGGCACACAAGUUGUUUGUUUGUACAAAGGGCCCCCGUGUAUAUUGUAAGGCUCAAAGUGCCUUCCCACCUUACCACUGUACAGUUUCCCCGCGUUUACUUCGUACUGCUUUCUGUCAUUGUGUGUGUGUGUAAGUAUAAGUUUGUGCUUGUGUGCAUGUGUGCACAUAGACAUACGACAGGUUUUUUUUGUCGGCGCCCUGUUGCGAACGGUUUUCGUUUCCCCUUUUUAAAUCAUGUAUGUGCUAUGAAGCUGGUAGUUUGCCGUCUCGUAGAUAAUUCCCCGCAACACAUCACACAAACCUAAAGUGGCUGAAAUUCAUUAUUGGCCACAGUAACCUUUUUUUCUUUUUCUUGAAAACUCCUGAAGAGGAAGGAGAAGGAUAUUGCUGUGGCGAUGCAUGCAUGUACAUUCCAAUGGAGCUGAUUAAUAGUGCUGUGCAAUAGCUAUGAGCAUACUCAAAUUUGUUAUCUGUGGUGUAGUGUCGGUUGUUGUCCAAUGUGUAAUAUUGUUGAUGUCGCCUCUUCACAGUGUUUUCCACCAAUCUAUACAGUUUCGUCUGCUUUCUCUUUGGAAGUUCUCUUCCUGUUAACGGUGCCAUCAUUAUUUGUACCAAGUUUAAAUUAUAAGCCUGGAGUCGACUGAGACUGUGCUCAAAUGUACACUUGUUCCCAUGUUGGCUGGUGCUGAUUUGCGGGCUGUUGUUUGUACAUCGUUAUGGCAUGUAAAGAACCCUGGGUUGUUCUUGUACAAGCCAACGUAGGGCCUGGGUUUCUCACUGCAGUACACUCAAACGCCUCUUAUCCGGACGCCUCAGAUACGGGCACGUCUCUCUACCGGGCACCUUCAGCUUGAGUUCCUAUAGCACAAAUGCGUCGAAGUUGGGUUUUUUGAACUUUUUUCCGUAUGUGGAAGUGCUUAUGUUUCACUGCCAACCUAUGUAAUCCCCACAUUUUUAUCAAUGGGUUCCUUUUGUAUCCUCAACAUGUGCAAUACGUGCCAAAUAAACUUCUUCAAAAAAUGA